UCCAGAGCACAUACAAAAAGUAAGAGAGAAUAUCUUUACUUAAAAUUGAUUAUUAAUUACUCUCUUAGUAUAAUCAAUCCCUCUUGCUAUGGUAUAGUAUAAUAGUUGUUAUUUAAGAAAAAAAAUACAAACAAAUAGAAUAUACAUAAAAGUAUGGCAAUCAUUUCUUCCAUGUUAGGUUUGGUCUAACUGCAGCUUGCAGGUCCUCUGCUUCAACCAAGACUAAUAUACUUUGGAUAACUUCAACCAUUUUCAAAUAGGCUGUAUUUUUUUCUAAAUGGGGCUGUAAGGAAGUUAUCAAAACUCCAUCUUUUAUGAAGCUGAAGGUAUAAAAAAGAAAAAGUUAGCAGGACUAAUUAUGAAAGAAGAAGAAAAAACUGAUAAUUUUUGGCAGGUUGUAGUAUUCAUGCUCUUAAUCUUGAUUACAGGUUCAGUGGUUGUGGCUGGAGAUUCUCUUGACACGGAUAGACAAGUCCUUCUAGACCUGAAAUCAUUCCUCGAAGAACGUAACCAAGUAAACAGAGGACAGUACUCUCAGUGGAACCGGCAGAGCUCAAAUCCCUGCAACUGGUCUGGAAUCCUAUGCACACAUGAUGGUUCAAGAGUUAGUGCCAUUAACUUCACUGCCAGUAACAUCUCUGGAGAUCUGUAUAACAACUUCUCGUCUCUGACGGCACUCACUUACCUUGAUCUUUCUCGAAACACUUUUACUGGUGCUGUUCCUAGUGAUUUGAGCAACUGUCAUAAUCUUGUUUAUCUCAACCUCUCACAUAACAUCCUUGAGGGUGAACUCAACUUGACUGGCUUGUCUAGAUUGGAGACCCUUGACUUGUCUAUGAAUAGGAUUUUUGGGGGAAUUCAGUUCAGCUUUCCAGAAAUUUGUAGUAACUUAGUUGUGGCAAAUGUUUCAGCGAAUAAAUUCAGUGGUAGGAUUGACAACGUCUUUGAUGGCUGUUUGAAAUUGCAGUUCCUUGAUUUAAGCACGAACUUUUUCAGUGGGGAAAUAUGGAAAGGUUUUUCGAGGCUCAAGCAGUUCUCUGUAUCUGAGAAUUAUCUCAGCGGAGAAGUUUCAGAGUCAUUCUUUUCUAAGAAUAAUUGUAGCCUGCAAGUAUUGGACUUGUCAGGAAACAAUUUCACCGGUAAGGUACCAAGCAACGUAUCAAAUUGCAGAAAUUUGGAUAUUUUGAAUCUGUGGGGAAACAAUUUCAAUGGAGAAAUUCCAUCAGAGAUAGGCUUGAUUUCAAGUCUUAAAGGUUUGUUCUUGGGGAACAACACAUUUUCUCCCACCAUACCAGAGUCUCUUUUGAACUUGCGUAACUUGGUCUUUUUGGAUUUGAGCAGAAACAAUUUUGGGGGUGACAUACAAAAGAUAAUGGGGAGAUUCACACAGCUGAAGUUUCUAGUGUUACAUGGGAAUUCAUAUACCGGUGGCUUAUAUUCUUCAGGCAUCCUCAAACUAGCUAAUCUUGUUCGAUUAGACCUGAGCAACAACAACUUCACGGGUCCAUUGCCUGUUGAAAUCUCUGAAAUGCACAGCUUGAAGUUCUUGAUCCUAGCGUAUAAUCGAUUUAACAUCACUAUACCACAAGAGUACGGAAAUUUUCAAAGCUUGCAAGCUCUCGAUCUCUCCUUCAACAACCUAACUGGUCAAAUACCAUCUUCUCUUGGAAAGUUGAGGUCGCUCUUGUGGUUAAUGCUUGCAAACAAUAAGUUGACAGGUGAAAUUCCACCUGAAUUGGGAAACUGUAGUAGUUUGUUGUGGUUGAACCUUGCCAACAACCAGCUCUCCGGCAGUAUUCCACAUGAAUUGAUGAAUGUUGGAAGGGACCCCACACCAACAUUUGAAUCAAACAAGCAGGAUGAAGGCAUCAUUGCUGGUUCUGGUGAGUGUUUGACAAUGAAGAGGUGGAUUCCUGCAGAUUAUCCCCCAUUCAGUUUUGUAUACACAAUCCUAAAUAGGAAGACAUGCAGGAGCAUAUGGGAUAGGUUGCUUAAAGGGGUUGGCAUUUUCCCUGUAUGCGCUGCAGGAUCUACUGUCCGUACGUUUCAAAUCUCAGGUUAUCUUCAAUUGAGCGGCAACCAGCUUUCUGGAGAGGUCCCAGGAGAUAUUGGUAAGAUGCAGAGUUUCAGUAUGUUGCAUUUGGGUUUCAAUGAGCUCAAUGGUAGGCUCCCUCCCCAGAUUGGAAAAUUGCCACUUGUAGUCCUAAACCUCACCAAAAACAACUUCUCAGGUGAAAUUCCAAAUGAAAUUGGGAACAUCAAAUGCUUACAGAAUCUGGAUUUAUCUUACAACAACUUCUCAGGCACGUUUCCUGUUAGCUUAAACAACUUGAGUGAGGUGAGCAAGUUCAACAUCUCAUACAAUCCUUUCAUUUCUGGUACAGUCCCAACAACUGGGCAGUUGGCAACAUUUGAGAAAGAAUCCUACCUUGGUGAUCCACUCCUGAAACUUCCCAAUUUUAUCAUCAACUCGAUGGAUCCUCCGCCCAAUGAAUAUCCCAAAAUCAAGAAGAAGGAGAAUAAAAAGUGGGUUGCAGUUCUGGUGCUGUUAACAAUGACUAUGGCUUUCUUAAUCUGCGGACUGGUUUCACUUUUUGUUUGCAUGCUGGUGAAAAGUCCACCAGAAUCACCAAGAUACCUCUUUGAGGAUACCAAAUACCGCCAGCAUGACUUUGAAUCAAGUUCAGGGACUUCAUCUCCAUGUUUUUCAGAUACAGUUAAGGUCAUACGUUUGGACAGAACAGCAUUCACUCAUGCUGACAUUUUGAAGGCAACAGACAGUUUUUCAGAAAGUAGAAUAAUCGGAAAGGGAGGAUUUGGAACAGUUUACAGGGGAGUAUUGCCUGAUGGAAGAGAGGUAGCAAUUAAGAAGCUACAAAGAGAAGGAAUUGAAGGUGAAAAGGAGUUUAGAGCUGAAAUGGAAGUUCUAACCGGAAAUGGCUUCAGCUGGCCUCACCCAAACCUUGUGACACUUUAUGGGUGGUGUCUUUAUGGUGCAGAGAAAAUAUUGGUGUACGAGUACAUGGAGGGUGGAAGCUUGGAGGAUGUUAUAUCAGAUAGGAUGAGGCUGCCAUGGAGGAGGCGUAUUGACAUAGCAAUCGAUGUGGGACAAGCAUUAGUAUAUCUUCACCACGAGUGCUCCCUUGCUAUUGUGCACCGUGAUGUCAAGGCUAGCAAUGUCCUCCUAGAUAAAGAUGGCAGAGCACGAGUCACAGAUUUUGGCCUCGCUAGAUUUGUUGAUGUUGGGGAUAGCCAUGUUAGUACAACGGUGGCUGGCACUAUUGGGUAUGUUGCGCCGGAAUAUGGCCAAAGUUUGCAUGCGACCACCAAAGGUGAUGUGUACAGUUUUGGGGUAUUGGCAAUGGAACUGGCAACAGGGAGGCGAGCUGUGGAUGGAGGGGAAGAAUGUCUAUUGGAAUGGGCUAGAAGAGUGAUGGGAAGCUGGAGAUAUGGAUUCAGUAGAGCUAUGAUACCAGUAGUGCUUCUGGGCUCUGGGUUAGUCGAGGAAGCAGAGGAGAUGUUUGAGCUACUAAAGAUUGGGAUAAGAUGUACUGCAGAGGCACCACAGUCUAGACCCAACAUGAAGGAGGUGCUAGCCAUGCUAAUAAAAUUAUCAUGCAGCAGACCAGGCCGCGGGGAGAUUUCAUUCCUCUCUCAGGCUGAUUUUCAAGAUGAAAUGAGAUAAAGGAAUAGAUAGGCUUGUCACUUGGUUGGUUGUCGGUUGUACUGUCUGUAUUGGGUUCACAAAUAUCAUACAUACAACAAAAAUAAUAAAACAAAAUUAUUUAGAAGUCCU